CAAAAGAAUAUUUAAUAAUUAAAUUUAGAUAAUGAAUAUUAAAUUCCUUAAAAAAUAUAUCUUUCAGGAAAUAGAUUUGUUUUAAUAACUGAUAAUUUAAAAGAAAAAAACUAAACAUUUAUAACUUCUAAUGUAAUAUUUACUAUUCAUGGAAUUCCAGAUUCACAUUAAAGUUUUAAAUUACUUUAAUCUUCUUUUCCUUUGAACUAUUGCAGAUGGAUUAAUUUCUGUAUACCAGGUCUUGAUUAAUUCGACGAAAGAAGAGGUAUAUUUUUAAAAAUAAAAAAAUCUAAUCAAUUUCUUAAAAGGAUAAUUUGAUUCUAAUUUCGAAGAAUCAAUGAAUUUAGUUUAUGAUCUUUUAUAAAAACUUUAAAUUGAAAAAGUUGUUAUAAUAGUACAUUCUUUUGGAGGUGUUAUUGGUAAAUGUUUUUCAUAUAAAUAUCCUUAAAAAGUUAAAGCUUUAAUAUAAUUAGCUUCAAUUCCUUUAUAUGAAUGGGCCGCUUAUUAGUAAUCUAUUUUUUAUAUAAAAAAUCAUUUACUACCAGAUUUAUAUUCUUAAAUAAAUAUUAAAACUUUAAAUGAUGAUAAUUUUAGGGCCUAAAUAUAAUAGAAACUUACUUAGUUUUAAUAACAAAUAAAAUAACUUCCUAAAGAAUAAUAAAAGGCUUUUGUAUUAGUUAAUAUGCUUUCAAUUUAUGAUAUUAUUGUGUUUCUUAAAUAUGAACUAGAAGGUCUAGAUUUUGCUAUAGAAAUAAUGAAAUAAAUUGAUAAUAAAAUUCCGAGAUUUUUCGCAUAUAAUGACAAAGAUUUAUUUAUUAGUCCUGAAAUAAUUGAAGAUGAGAUUUGGAAAGUUAUUUAAUCUUCAUAAGUUACUUUUGAAAAUAAAAAUACUUUGGGACUUGAAUUAGAUAAGAACAACUUUUAGAGUAAUUUUGUAUUUUAAUUCUAAAAUGCUACUCAUAAUUUAUAAACAACUAGACCUUAAGAACUUUCAGCUUUAAUUUAGGCUUUCUUAUCUAUUAUUGAUAAUUAAGAAUAAACUAAAAAU